AUGUCUAGCAAUGAAGACAGUGUCUACAGCCCACACAAGUCUCACCCCUCCACUUUCACUGCCACAGGCAACUCGGACUCGAACUGGGCACCGAUGGCGGAAGAUAAGCCUUCGAGAGAGGUAGCAUGGCAGGCCACUCGAGGUGGAAACGCCGCUGACAUGCGUGAUAUGGCGAGAAUGAACAAACAGCAGCAGCUUCAAAGAAACUUCAAGCUGGUCUCGAUGUUGGGCUUUUCGGCCAUUUUGAUGUGCUCGUGGGAAUCGCUAUUGUCAGGUUUGAGUAUUGCCUUGGCAAAUGGCGGGACCGCGGGCUUGGUCUGGACGUGGUUGAGUGUGUGGAUUGGAUUCACCAUGAUCUAUCUAUCCAUGGCUGAGAUGGGCUCCAUGGCACCGACAACUGGAGGCCAGUAUCACUGGGUCUCCGAGUUCUCGCCCAGAAAGUACCAGCGGUUCUUGAGCUACGUCGUGGGAUGGCUUGGAGUUUUGGGCUGGCAGGCGCUUCAGGCAUCGAUCGCUUUCCAAGCAGGCACUAUCAUUCAAGGCCUCUUGGUGCUCAACUAUGGAGACGCUUACACAUAUCAGCGUUGGCACGGAACCCUGCUUGUCAUGGCCGUGCUCUUAUUCGGUGCUUUGUUCAACAUCUUCCUUGCGACAAGACUGCAUCUGGUCGAAGGAACUAUUCUGAUAGUUCACAUAUACGGCUUCAUAUGUGUGCUCGUACCUCUCUGGGUACUGUCCCCGAGAUCAACAUCAGAAUUUGCCUGGUCCGCCUUUCGUAAUCCCGGAUGGAGCAGUGCUGGACUCUCUGCCUUGAUUGGAAUGCAGGCGUCGGUUGUUCCUAUGCUUGGAGCUGAUGCGUCAGUCCACAUGUCGGAAGAAUUGAAGGAUGCAGCAUAUACGCUUCCUCGAAGUAUGAUGUGGGCUACUACCAUCAACGGUGCCAUGGGCUGGAUGACUGCCAUCACUGUGGCUUACUGUAUCGGUGACCUUGAAACAGUACUCCAAACGAAAACGGGAUAUCCUUUCUUGGAAAUGUUCUACAACUCGACCCAGUCCCUGGCAGCGACGAAUGCCAUGGCAUCUAUCAUCGUAUUCAUGGWUGCGUUCAGUGCUGUAACAAUCAUGGCUUCUGCAAGUCGCCAAAUGUUUGCCUUUAGUCGAGAUAAUGGGACACCCUACUCUGAGUGGCUCGCACGAGUCAGUCCGACGCUUGACGUGCCUCUGAACGCCGUAGUAACAUCCACGAUUAUUUCAUGCCUGCUGUCGCUGAUCAACGUUGGCUCCACCGCUGCUUUCAAUAACUUGGUUUCCUUGACCAACGGUACACUCAUGGUGUCGUACGCCGUUUGUAUCGGAUGCUUUGUCUGGAGACGUCUGUCUGGACAACCCAUGUUGCCUUCAAAGUUCAACAUGGGAAGACUAGGCUUGCCGAUCAAUCUGAUCUCGCUAGCCUUCCUCGCCGUCGUCUUCGUCAUGGCAUUCUUCCCGCCGGAGCCUUUGCCGGCUUUGGCUCCGUCCAGCAUGAACUGGUCGAGUCUGGUCUUCAGCACCAUCGCAAUAUGGGGUGUAGUGUUCUAUUUUGUCUGGGCGAGGCAUAGAUAUGUUGGUCCUGUAGAAUAUGUCCGAAAACUGGACUAG